AUGCAGAAUGCGUUAACAAAGUUAAAAGCAAAGUUUCCAAAAUUACUGGAUAAUAUUCAUUUCAUUACUGGUUUGUUUAUAGAUGGAGAACCUGGAAAUUACUGGAAAGAAUUUACUUAGGGUGUAAUUAAAUUUGAAAAGUAGUUUCGCUCAUUUGAAGUUACUUAUUUAGAAAUUGAAGAUUAGUCCAAAUAUUAUGAGUUUAAGAUUCGAGAGUUUUUGGACUAGGAUGACUAAGCUCUGAUUUUUUUACUAGCAAUGAUUGACUUGACUUAAAAUGACAAUAUCACCUCUUUAAACUACUCUAUUGAAAAAGCAAAGUACUUAAUAAUGAAAGUCUAGCCAAAAGAGAUAUCUGCAGUAGAUGUAUAAUUUAAACAAUUAGGAUUGUUUAAUGAAAAAGAAAAAGAUAAUUAAACUGAAGGUAAGGAUGAAAAGAAGGAAUGA